CAUUUUUAUAUUUUUUAUAUUUUCUUUACGGAAGAAGUAAGUAAUAAUCUCCGGAAGGUAAACGAGCCCGUUCGGUACAGAGUGAGUUUUGCCCGUGCCUACUAGGGCUCGCGAGUUCUCUGCCUCUUCUCAUCUCCCCCUCCUACCGACACGAUCCCGGCGGCGAAAUUAGGGUUUUGCUCCCGCAAUCUCCCCCAGAAGCCGCCGCCUUCUUCCCGCGCCGGCGACGAUCCAGCUCCCCUCUCCCUCGCCCGAUCCGGCCUUUUCUUUCAACCUCCGGAUCUCGCUCAAGAUGCUUCCCCUCUCGCUCCUCAAGACCGCCCAGGGGCAUCCCAUGCUCGUGGAGCUCAAGAACGGCGAGACCUACAAUGGGCACUUGGUCAACUGCGACACGUGGAUGAACAUCCACCUCCGGGAGGUUAUUUGCACCUCUAAGGAUGGUGAUAAGUUUUGGAGGAUGCCGGAGUGCUAUAUUCGUGGUAACACAAUCAAGUAUCUUCGGGUUCCUGAUGAGGUGAUUGACAAGGUUCAAGAGGAAACUUCUAAGAGUAGAUCAGAUAGGAAGCCGCCAGGUGUUGGCCGCGGAAGAGGAAGAGGAGAUAUAGGCACUAAACCUGGAGGCAGAGGCAUCGGGCGUGGCCAAGAUGAUGGCAAAGGCGGUGGCCGUGGAAGGGGCGGAAUUGGAAGUAAAGGUGGCAACAAAGGUGGACGUGGCCGUGGGUGAGAGGGAUCCUGAGACGCGAGAAUGCCGAUUUUUAAGGCCUGUAGUUGUGGUGUUGCAUAGAUUGCUUAGGACAUGAAAAACUUUGGAGAAGGAAUUGCUGGGUUUUGUGGUAUGGCAAACGGUUUGUGUGGUAUGAAGUCACCGAGGAAGAGUUGGUUGUCACCCGUUUGUGUUGUUCGAAACAGUUCACUUAAUAUUUUGGGCAUGGGCAUUAUGCGUGUACUAGUCAACAUGUAUUUGCAAAGUUCUAGCCCAGAUUUUACCUA